AUGUCGGACGAGAAGGACGCCGUCGAUUACUCCCUCAACAACCCCGAUACUCUGACCAAGUACAAGACCGCUGGUCAGAUUUCCGAAAAGGUCCUCGCCGAGGUCUCCAAGCUCUGCGUUCCGGGCGCCAAGAUUGUCGAGAUCUGCCAGAAGGGUGACAAGCUGCUCGAAGACGAGGUUUCCAAGGUCUACCGUGGAAAGAAGGUCACCAAGGGUUUCUCCCAUCCCACCACGGUUUCGCCUGCCUCAUAUGUCACCCCCUACACCCCUCUUACCUCCGAUGAGAGCGAAGCUGCUGUUGAGAUUCAGCCCAACGAGCCUAUCAAGAUCCAGCUUGGUGCCCAGAUCGAUGGCUUCGGCGCCAUUGUUUGUGACACUAUCCUUGCCGGUCACAGCAAGGACGAUGCCAUCACUGGCCGUCCCGCUGAUCUGAUUUUGGCCACCCACUAUGCCAAUGAGCUGCUCCUUCGUUUGAUGGUCCCGCCCGGCCUGCUCGCUCAGGGUACCGACGAGGAGAAGGCCAAAGCUGCUUCACAGAAGGCUCCCACCCAAGCCAAGAUGACCAGCCUCCUGGAGAAGGUUUGCGAGACAUACGAGUGCAAUCUCGUCGAAAGCACCACCUCAUGGCUGUUUGAUCGCAACGAGAUUGAGAGCACGAAGAAGAUUGUUCUCGCUCCCCAAGAUGGUGGCAAGGGCGAAGGUGUUCCUGCGACCUCUGAGGUCUGGGGCGUUGAGAUGGGAGUCUCACUGGGCUCUGGCAAGUGCAAGAACCUUGACCAACGUGCAACUCUGCACCGCCGUACCACCCAGACUUACGGUCUGAAGCGUCCUACUUCUCGCAAGAUCCUCUCCGAGGUCCAGAAGAAGUUCGGCACCUUCCCGUUCAGCUUGAGACAGCUUGAAGACGAGCGCGAUGCCAAAUCAGGUGUUGUUGAGUGCGUUCGCGGUAAUGUUUUCCGCCAGUAUGAGCUUGUCGGUGAUAAGGACAACGCCCCUGUUGCCCGCCUGCUCACCACCAUUGCCAUCACCAAGAAUGGUAUCACCAAACUGGGCGGUCCCCCUGCUCUUGACUUGAGCAAGGUCAAGUCCGAUAAGAAGAUCACCGAUGAGGAGAUUCUUAAGAUCCUGGAGCAGCCCCUGGCCAGAAACACUGGAAAGAAGAGCAAGAGCAAGAAGAAGAAGAAGCCCGCUAAGAAGGCCGCCGCCGCCGAGGACUCUGAUGACGAUUCCGACGACAGCGAUGAGUAA